AUGGCCGCAAUUAACCCUCCGCCGCUCAUCCCAGGCAUGACUGCGCCCCCUCCUUUGGCGAACCCUCCUACAGCGACCGAUGCCAAGCUCGCCGAGGAAUACCAUCUUCGAAUUGCGGCUCAGCGCCAUAUGCAUAUUGCUGGAUUCACCGACCAAAUGUAUACCGACUCGAAAAUAUAUGCGAAUGAGGUGCUGGCCGCUGUGGCCCUCAAUGCUGUCCCUCAGAAUGCCGCUCUCGCGGGUGCUCCUCUGUGGGCACAGCAGAUGCAUCAGCAGAGUCAACAGCAAUUUACCCAGCUCAAUGCCCGCAUAACCCAACUUGAUCAAAAUGCCCAACAGAGAAACCAACACCUCCAACAACUCAACAAUCGCAUUAACCAACUCAACAAUGUCUUUGAUGAGCUCAAGCUUGUUGUCUUUCGUACCAACAACCUCAUCAAAAGCGGUGGUGGUCCUGGGAACCCUCUCGACAUUGCUCCUGUCCUUGACCCUGUUGUUAAUCCCGCAAAUUUGUCUGCUCAUAACGACUGA